AUGGGUGCUAAUCCUUAUGUGUGGAGAGGCAUAUGGGAAACUAAGCAUAGUUUAUUAAAAGGUUGUAGAUGGCGGGUUGGCAAGGGUUUGUCUAUAAACAUAUGGAUUGAUUGUUGGCUUCCAAACCAUAAGCUGUUGGCUAAUUUGAUUGACAUACCUGCUGCAAUUGAUUUACAGAUGGUAGCUUCUCUUAUCAAGAAGGAUCAUAGCAGUUGGGGUAUUGAGAAGGUUAAAAUUGGGCUUCGAUUUCUUACCCGUCCUGUGCCAGACCAGUUACCAACAAUUUAUCAAAGCCUUGGUGAGAAUUAUAACGGUUGGGUCCUGCUUUCAAUUAAGAAUGAAACUAUGAGUGCUGUUGUUGCUCAGUAUAACGCCAACCAACUUAUUACUCAGAGAGAGGUGAUUUCCAAGGCUUAUUCUUCUUUAAAGGUCCAAUUCCAAAUUGAUCUAAUGAUUUUGGCUAAUGAACAAAAUCAAUCUAAGUCAUCAUUGCCUUUUAUGACUUAG